AUCUAUAUAUAAGGACCACUCUCUCUCGUGCCCUCUCUUUAAGGAUCUCUUCUCGCUUUCUCAGAACACACCAAUACAUAUGGAUCCCUUUGAACCGACAAAGGAGAGGCCGUCGCCACGACGAGAGCUGCAAGGGCCCCGGCCGACACCUCUCAAGGUGCGAAAGGACUCCCACAAGAUCAAGAAGCCGCCGGUGGCUCCAGCCCAGCCCCAACAUGGCGCUUUGCCAGUGCAGCAGCGGCCCCCGGUCAUUAUCUACACGGUCUCACCGAAGGUCAUCCACACCCACCCUAGCGAGUUCAUGUCGCUCGUCCAACGCCUAACCGGAGCUUCCUCCUCCUCCUCCUCCUCCGCUUCUGCUUCUGUCUCCGCUUUUGCUUCUACUUCUGCUUCUGCUUUUGCUUCUGAUAAAGGGGAAGCGCUUUCGCCGGCAGCUAGGUUAGCUGUGAUCGAGCGACCGCAAGGAAGAGUCGUCACACCGAGGGGCAACAUGCCAAGUCAAGUCGACGGUGCGGUGGAUGUUCUCGAUCAGCUAGGGUUUCAAGGUGGUGCAAGGUUAUUGGAUAGAACCGGAUCGUUUCCGGGGAUCCUGUCCCCCGUCCCUUCGACCCUACCUGCGAUACCUCCGAACUUCUUCUCGCCGCUCCCGGAAAUGAAUUCCUUAAACUUCUUACAUGAGCUAAGCCCAGCUUUUCAUACUUUUAACAAGAGUAACAUUUCUACAGAGAACAACAACAUGGCCAUGGUUAGUCCCAGCUUUUUCUUAACAACUCCUUUUGCACCUUCCCCUAAUGCUUAUUGGGAUCUCUUCCAACAAUACCAGGAUACUUAGUUUCCUCACAGGAGAAAAUUAUGAAGGCCAAAAGCAUGUUGUUGAUAGGAACAAAGGAAGGAUCGAGAUGCAUGUGGACACAGUUUAGGGCUUCAUUAAUUACUUGUGUUUAUCACUUGUG